AUGCCUAGUGGGGAAAAUGCUACCUUGCCAAUCUGUUUCUUCAAGAUUAUUCUUAAAGCUAAUAUUGAAAGGCUUAAAAUACCCAACAAGUUUACAAGGAGAUAUGGAGGUGGCUUGUCAAAUCCAGUGUUUAUAAAGCCUCCAGAUGGCACUGAAUGGAAAGUGUAUUGGACAAAAGAGAAUGGUGAGGUUUGGUUGGAAAAGGGUUGGAAAGAAAUUGUUGAAAAUUAUUCACUAGAUCAUGGGUAUUUGGUUGUUUUUAAAUAUGAAGGAACUUCCCACAUUGAUAUACUCAUACUUGACCACACUGCUUUAGAAAUAGACUAUCCUUUUUGUGACACUUAUUGUGAUGAAAAUGACAACCUUAAUCAGAAUCAAACUGAUGAUAAAUCAAUUGAAAUUUUGGACGAGUUUCCUGACCAAAAGGCUACACACAUAACAGGUGAUAAGGCUAUUGAAAGAACAUCUUUAAAUUGGCCAACACAAACAAGAGCAAAGGAAGUUGCAAUAAAAUUCAUCUCAAAGAACCCUUUUUUCACUGUUUACAUAACACCAUCUCUUCUAGGAGCAAGUCGGGUGACUCUACCAGAUUUGAAUGUUGAUAUUGAGAACAAGGAGAAGAAUGUGAUACUUAAGAGUGGGGACAGGUCAUGGAAUUUAAAGUUGCUCCGGCGUCACAACCCUUCUUCAGUUCGCAAGCUCUCUGCUGGUUGGUCCUUGUUUGUAAAGGAAAGUCAAUUGAUACCAGGAGAUUGGUUGAGUGACACAGCUUCUCAACUUCAUAUUCUAUUCAUGGCUACUCAAAUUGGCCAACGUAAUGCAUUCCUGCCCAUCCAUUUCUUCAAGAUAAUCAUUGAAUCUAAUGUUGAAAAGCUUAAAAUACCCAAUAGCUUUACAAGGACAUAUGGGGAUGGUUUGUCAAAUCCAGUGCUUAUUAAGCCUCCGGACGGCACUGAAUGGGAAGUGUGUUUGACAAAAGAGAAUGGUGAGGUUUGGUUCGAUAAGGGUUGGAAAGAAUUUGCUGAAAAUUAUUCCAUAGGUUAUGGGCAUUUGGUUGUGUUUAAAUAUGAAGGAUCCCCUCAUGUUGAUGUACUUAUAUUUGAUAAGAGUGCCUUAGAAAUAGAUCAUCCUCCUUCUGAAAAUGAUGAUGAUGAAAUGGACAACCAUGAUGAGUGUAAUGAUGCAUCUGUUAUGAUCUUGGAGGAAUUCCCUCCACACCAAAAGACUAGAUCAAACACACCAUUGUUUUCCCCUCCACUCCACAAGAAAAUGCGAAAUAAUACACACGAGAAUGUUGAAGCAAACUCCAAUUCACAGAAGUUGCAAGCAGAUACAGGUGAUCAUUCUGAACCAGGGACAAAGUGUGUGAAGGGUACUCAAAGAACUACAUCUUUGAAUAUGCCCAGGAGUGUUAGAGCACAGGAAAAGCAUGUACCAAAGUUCAUGGAUAUUGGGGAGAAUGAGCGAAGUGUGAUGAUGCAGUUAGGUGAAAGAUCCUGGUGUGUGAAGUUAGUUCGUGCUCCCAAAAGUUCCUAUGAUCGCUUCUCUUCUGGUUGGUCUGUGUUUGUAAAGGAAAGUAAAUUGAAAACUGGAAACAUUUGUAUUUUUGAGCUCAUUGACAGAGAACUUCCCUCCUUGAAAGUUCAUGUUUUUUAA